UUUUCUACUAUAAGUCGCAAAUCUCUCUGUGUUCUUUUUCUGAGCUGCAAUCUCUCUCUCUAGAACUGUAAACUUUCUCUCUCUAGCUGUGUAUAUAAAUACAUGAGCAUUUGCGCAUUUGUGAUUGUGAGCGAAUCAAAGCCCUAGAGUUCUCUCUCCGAUCCAGUUCAAUGGUCCGCUAUACAAAUUCACAAUCGGAGAGCUCGAUUUUCCGAUCUGAGCUGGUUCCCCGACUAUUUCGAGGUCUGCGAAGCCAUUGAAGUUGAGUGUGAGUUCUAGAGAGAGAGUAGAGAGAGAUGUAUAAGAAUCAGUUGCAGGAAUUGGCGCAGCGGAGCUGCUUCAAUUUGCCUUCGUAUACGUGCAUAAGAGAAGGUCCAGAUCACGCGCCGAGGUUCAAGGCGGUUGUGAAUUUCAACUGCGAGACCUUCGAGAGCCCUAGCUUCUGCACCACGCUCAGGCAGGCGGAGCACGCCGCCGCCGAGGUGGCUCUCAAUGCGCUCUCCAGCCGUGCUCCGUCGCAUUCUCUCGCCGCCAGGAUUCUUGAUGAUACAGGGGUCUACAAGAAUCUUCUGCAAGAAAUUUCACAAAGAGUAGGAUCAUCUUUGCCAAUAUACACAACUUUCCGAUCGGGUGUUGGACACCUAUCUGUCUUCAGUUGUACUGUUGAGUUGGCUGGUGUCAGAUUUACUGGUGAACCAGCAAAGAACAAGAAACAAGCUGAAAAGAAUGCUGCUAUGGCAGCUUGGUCAUCUCUGAAACUACUAGCACAGCAAUCUGAGAGUUCAUCAUCACAAAAGGUGAAUAAGGAUGUGCACGAGCAUGUCAUCAUAGCAUGUUCUCUGCAGAAUUUUAUCAGGAAGGCAAAGAUGUCUAAUGCAUCCUUCCCAAUUAAAUUUCCAACACAGAGUCCAAGGCCAUUGAGCACAAAACCACCUCCUAUUAGGGCAUCGAAGAUCCUUCCUUUAAUAUGGUCCAAGACUGCUCCUCGGAGCAGACCUGUUAUUACACCCAUAAACAACAACCCUAUGUGUUCAAAGACAGCCCCUCAAAGCAGACCUGUGAUGACAACAAUGAAUGAGAGGCCCAUAUGCCCAAGGGCAUCGCCUGAAACCCAACCCAUAAUUACAACAGCAAAUGAUGCCCCUCUACAAUCACCUGAAAUCCCUAGGGUCCGACCUCAGCAGUUCCAUGCAGCUGGAGCAGCACCCUACAUUCCUGUCCGGCAUCUUAGGGCACACCGUGGAAUUGCACCACCAGUGACGAUAAGAAACGCGAUACCUGUUUUCUCUACACCACCACUUCCUCCACCAAGCCAGUCCCCACAAUUGAGGUCUCCAUUGUCAUUUAUUGCCCCAUCUGUCUGUAUAAGGCAGACAGUACCAGCUUUUGCUGUUCCACCAGUUCGUGUAGAGGAGCAACAUGUUUCUACUGCUCCUCCCACCCCACAAGCCAGCUCUUCAGUGCAGAUAGAGAAGACAGGGAAUUCCAUCCAGGACAACCAGUCAUUUAUGGCCCCACAAUUGAGGUCUCCAUUGUCAUUUAUUGCCCCAUCUGUCUGUAUGAGGCAGACAGUACCAACUUUUGCUGUUCCACCAGUUCGUGUAGAGGAGCAACAUGUUUCUACCGCUCCUCCCACCCCACAAGCCAGCUCUUCAGUGCAGAUAGAGAAGACAGAGAAUUCCAUCCAGGACAACCAGUCAUUUAUUGCCCCACAAUUGAGGUCUCCGUUGUCAUUUAUUGCCCCAUCUGUCUGUACAAGGCAGACAGUACCAACUUUUGCCGCUCCACCAGUUCUUGUAGAAAAGCAACAUGUUUCUACCGCUCCUCCCACCCCACAAGCCAGCUCCUCAGUGCAGAUAGAGAAGACACAGAAUUCCAUCCAGGACAACCAGGAAAAAUCUGUGGUGAUACAGGGCUUGCAAGAGCUGAAGAUUUGAUAGCAGGCUGAGGUUUCAAAUUGCAAGAACUGUUAUUAAGAGAAAUGUGGCAUGAGACUUGAAAGUUUUCAGUCCAGUCAAGGGGCUUCCUGAGAUGUGCACUGUUUAACCGUUCAUCACCCGACUAAAACAAUAUGACACCGAGUGUAGGAGGGUCCAAGCUUGGAGCAUGGAUGCAGUUGAGAAGAAUACUCUAAUUCCAGACCUGUCCGGUUGCUUUUCUUUAACAAUAGUUGCUGAUCUGAAGAUACCAACUUCGUGCAUGGCCUAUUGGUGAUGAUUCAACAUGCUUGGAUUCAAGUGCCCAGUGGAGCUUGAGUUUUGUUUUCACCCUUUCUCUGCCUUUUCUUUCCUUU